AUUCAAAGAAGAAGGAAGUGCAUGGACCCUGACCAGACCUUGAACCGUCAUCAAGCCCUUGUUGGAACUGUUGAACGAGAGGAGGAGCCAGAAAGGCCAACAUCUGAGCAGCUUUCUGAAAAUCAUCAUUUUUCUCUGCUGUGUCAGUUGUUGUUUCUCUGAGAUCAUGUACACCUGGUGACAAACACAGCACACAAGAGAGGCAGAGAGAAAGAGCAAGAAAAAGUGGAUCCCUUUACCUGGAUGAUAUUUCCAGCUCACAGUUCACGGAGGGAAGGAACAAUCCAAGAGGAUGGACCCAUUCAGCGUCAUGGCAAACAGCAUCCUGGCUGUCUUCACUGUGAUGCAGCUCGGUCUGAUCCCCAUUAUGGCUGAGGGAGAGACAACAGUGUUUGGUGCUGUUGGGGAACAGGUGAUUCUGCCCUGUAUUGACAAAUCCCAGAGUGAUGGGGUGAUCUGGAAAUACAAUGAACAAGUUGUGAUCCAGCAUCAGGCACGCCUCUUGAGAGGCAGAACUCGGUUGAUCAAUCGAUCUGAAUUAAAUAAACAGGAGAUAGCCAAGGGGAACUUCUCCCUGACACUGUCACAGCUGGAGCACUCUGAUGCUGGCAAGUACGUCUGUGUAGUCGGUUCCAGAACUUUCAAGGAGGUCCAGUUGCAGGUGUUUGAAGUUACAGGCUCUCCUAGUGACUACCUCUUGCAGGGUGAAAAUCUCACGCUGAGCAUACAAGGUUCCUCAAGUGCCAGUGUCACCUGGUCCAACAACCACAAGGUUAAAGUGACAGCCACUCAGUCAAGAGAACUGAAGAAUGGUGGACGCACUCUGCAGAUGCACAACCUCCAGGUUGAGGACAGUGGGACCUGGAUGUGCCACAUCACAUCCCUGUCUGCUAAGCUGGACAUACCCUAUAAGGUGCUGGUGAUAGGUUUUCAUAAUUUGAACCAGGAGACGCUCUACAAAGCUGUUAAUUCCACUGUGUCCUUCUCCUACUCUCUGAGCACUCACCUGCUGCAGAUAAGAGAGCUGGAGUAUGUCGGGGUAGGCUUGGAAUGGAAACCAAUGAUAGACAGCAAGUACCAGGAGAAGUUUAAGUUCAAUGUCACCUCUAAAGAGCUGCUCUUGUCUAAGCAAAUGGCCAACAUGCAGGUUACAUGGAAACCCAGCAAUCCCCUGGAAGUGAAACUGCCCAAAGUCCAGUUCGAGGAUGCUGGAUGGUAUCAGUGCCAGCUCACAGUCAGUCGUGGCCGUGUGGAGAAGGCCAUCCACCUGGUGGUGAUGACAGUCUCUGCUGACCCUGUUGGGCCGCUCUCCAAAUGGGCUAACAUGACCCUGCUCUGCAAGCUCUCGGCUCCUAUCCCAUCUAAUGCCCAGCUGUUCUGGGAGCAUGUGAACGGGACGGAGAAGAAAUUAAAUAAGUCGGGAUACAGUGAGGUGAUGGUGAAGACCAAGACUGUGGGGCUGUGGAGAUGCAGCCUUAAGGUGGAGAAUAACAUGAUAACCAGCAUUGACUACACUGUGGUGAAGGUUGCUGAAUGGAAUAUCUAUGUGCUGAUCCUGGUAGUGGUUGGAGUCAGCAUAGUGCUGCUUCUCCUUGCAAGCCUAUUUAUUUUCAUCUUUAUUGCCUGGCAGCAGAGGAGGCGACGGGCUGAAAAGAUGGCACAAGCCAGGCGAGACUUGAUUGAAAGGAGAAUAUGUCAGUGUCAACGUCAGCUGAAGAAUGACUAUUCCGAUGCUUGAGACAGAAGGGUGAAUGAAGUCUCUGCCAGGGAUAAGCCAUCUUGCAGCCCACUUUGCUUGCUUGGAUCCAACUCACCUUUCCUUCCUCAAGUGCGAUGCUUUGUUCUUUCAUCUUUCUCCCAGCCUCAUUACCAAGAAGAGAUCUUAUUAGGUGUGGAUGGGAUAGAGUGAGCAGGACAAGCACCCACCCCACGGUGAUGGCUCAGCCCCAACUCCAUCAGGGAAUGUACUGAAUGUAAGGUAUACACAGAUGUAUUUUGUGCAUAUGCUUGAUUUGACCUUCUGGAUUUUAUCUCAGAUGUUUCCUGUAUCUGCUCCAAAUGCAAUAAAUCAUUUUAGAGUU